AUGACUGCCAAAGAUGCUGAGGUUCCUCAUGAGGAUCAUAAAGAGGUCGCUGUCGAGAUGGACGAUAUUCGAAACGACCCCAAAGCCGAGGCCCUCAACGAGGCUGCCAUGGACGCCGAGCUUGAGCAGCUCGAACAAGAGCUCCAGGGUGUGAAGAAGUCUCGCUUCGAGCUCGGCUUUUCCAAUCCUGCGCUCUUUACCUACGUCCUCGUGGCUUUUGCCUCGCUGGGUGGCCUGCUUUCUGGUCUCGACCAGUCGCUGAUUAGUGGUGCCAACCUCACCAUGCCGGAGGCACUCCAUCUGUCGGCUUCGCAAGCCAGUCUGGUCAAUGCCGGCAUGUCCCUCGGUGCCGUGGGGGGUGCUCUGAUCCUUGGUCCUUCCAACGAGUAUCUCGGUCGACGUAUGGCCAUCAUUGUCUCCUGCGUCCUCUACACAAUUGGUGCGGGAUUGAUGGCCGGCGCGAUCAGUUUUGGUAUGAUGUUCGCUGGCCGCUUCGUCCUCGGUAUGGGAGUCGGUCUCGAGGGAGGUACUGUCCCUGUCUAUGUUGCUGAAUCUGUCCCCAGUAGGAUUCGCGGUAACCUGGUCUCGCUCUACCAGUUGAACAUCGCGCUGGGUGAAGUUCUAGGCUACGCGGUGGGCGCCAUGUUCUUUGGGGUGCAUGGUGACUGGCGCUUCAUCCUUGGUUCCUCACUCGUCUUUUCGACUCUCCUCUUUGUCGGUAUGAUCUUCAUGCCCGAGAGUCCCCGCUACCUGAUGCACAAGAGCCGGCCAGUGGAGGCCUACGGUGUCUGGAAGCGCAUCCGCGGCUUCGGCACCUACGAGUCCAAAGCCGAGUUCCUGGGCAUGCGCCAUGCCGUCGCGGCUGAGAACGAAGAGCAGCAUAAUACCAAGAAAUGGGCCUGGCUGGACUUCUUCACCGACAGCCGGGCGCGCCGCGCCAUGAUCUACGCCAACGUCAUGGUUUUCCUGGGCCAGUUCACCGGCGUCAACGCCGUCAUGACCUACAUGGGUGUGCUGAUGACCAAAAUCGGCUUCGACAGCCGCACCGCCGUCUACAUGUCGCUCGUCGGCGGCGGCUCCCUCCUCCUCGGCACCAUCCCCGCUGUCCUGUACAUGGAGAAAUUCGGCCGCCGCUACUGGGCCAACGUCAUGCUCCCCGGCUUCUUCCUCGGCCUCGUCCUCGUCGGCGCCGGCUACACCGUCGACUACACCGCCCACCCCGCCACCGCGGAGGGCCUCUACCUCACCGGCAUCAUCCUCUACAUGGGCUUCUUCGGCUCCUACGCCUGCCUCACCUGGGUCAUCCCCGCCGAGGUCUUCCCCACCUACCUGCGCAGCUACGGCAUGACCACCGCCGACGCAAACCUCUUCCUGUGCUCCUUCAUCGUCACCUACAACUUCACCCGCAUGAUGAACUCCAUGACCCGCAUCGGCCUCACCCUCGGCUUCUACGGCGGCAUCGCCGUCCUCGGCUGGUUCUACCAGGUCCUCUUCAUGCCCGAGACCAAGAACAAGUCCCUCGAGGAAAUCGACGAGCUCUUCUCCAAGCCCACCUCCGUCAUCGUCCGGCAGAACGUGAAGAGUACCGUUGAGAUCAUGCGUGAUCUCGGCCACUUCCGCUUCAGGAAGGUUUUUACUCCUAGUGCAUAG